UCUUUUAAGCAUCCAAAAUGACUACAAAUUCUUCCUCACACCUCUCGGAAAAACCACCAAAAUGGCCUAGAUGUUAGCUACCGGUGGGUAUAAUAACCAAAUCCGGCAACCGGAGCCGGAGCCGGGCAGCGCAGAGACCACCACGCCGAGAGUGCUAACCAUAUUGUCUUCCGUUUUAGAGAAGCUGGUGGCUCGAAAUGACCAGCUGGUGGAGUGCUUGAGCCAGCAGCUGGAUGAGUUAAGCUUAUACAGCUCGGGUCGGGUUGGGAAGAGCUUGAAUGCUUUUGAUGGCGUGAGAGCACCAAGCAUAAGCAUACCCAAGUACCUGGAGAGGCUAUACAAGUACACGAGUUGCAGUCCAUCUUGUUUUGUGGUUGGAUAUGUGUAUAUAGACAGGCUGCUUCACAGGCACCCUGACUCCCUCGUCAUUUCCUUGAAUGUGCAUAGAUUACUUGUUACAAGCGUUAUGGUUGCUUCUAAGAUGCUAGAUGAUGUGCAUUACAACAAUGCAUUUUAUGCUCGGGUUGGAGGGGUAAGCAAUGCUGAAUUAAACAGGCUGGAGCUGGAAUUGCUUUUUCUGUUGGAUUUUGGAGUUACAGUGAGCUCUCGGGUUUUUGAGAGCUACUGCUUGCACUUGGAAAAAGAAAUGUUAUUGAAUGGCAUCGGGCAGAAGAUUGAAAGGGCAUUAAUUCCCAGUGCUGUGGAUGAUUUGACUGAAAUAUCAAUAGAAGAUGCACAGAGUUCUUCACCCCCUCAGAUAGUGGACUGACCUGCAUUUUUCUGCUGCUGCUUCUUUCUUUUGGCUCAGAAAAUCGUGAAUUAAUGUUGGCCAUGCAAUCAUGCAAUAUUCAUGGGCAGGUUUCUUGUUCGUAUCGUAUAAUCAUGGAUGCCUCAACAGUCCACAUUGAUAAUGUUAAUAUUCCAACACUUCCA